AUGGAGAACGCACAACAAGAGCCGGCGCCUGGUUCGCUGAGCUGGAGACUAAGCAGCCAUCCCAUCACGCUGCUUACCUUCCUCGCCUUUCGCAUCUCGUCCCUACUAGUCUACCUCCUCGGCCUCCGCCUCCUCACCGCAAACUUCGUCAUGAUCUUCAUCAUCACCAUCCUGCUCCUCGCCAUGGACUUCUACUACCUCAAGAACAUUGCUGGCCGCCGCCUCGUCGGCCUCCGCUGGUGGAACGAAGUCGACGCCAACACGGGAGACGGGCGCUGGGUGUUUGAGAGUCUGGAUCCGGAAACGGGGCGCCAGAUCAAUGCGACGGAUAAGCGCUUCUUUUGGCUCGCGCUGUAUGCGCAGCCUGUGUUGUGGGUGCUGCUGGCGAUUGUCGCGCUUGUCAGCUUGGAGUUUAUUUGGUUGACGCUGGUUGUUAUCGCGCUCGUCCUUACGAUUACGAAUACCCUCGCCUUCUCCCGAUGCGACAAGUUCAGCCAAGCGACAGGCUUCGCCUCAAACGCCAUGUACGGUUCGGGUCUCGCGAGGAAUCUGGCUGGCGGCAUGAUUUCUGGGCUGUUCAGGCGGUGA